AUGGCGGCGAUGGCUAAUCUUUCUAAUACCAUGGAGGCGAAUGCCGGUGCGACUUUGCAAGCUGUGCAAAGGUUAGGUCAACCAACGAGAAACGGAAACGGUAAUGAAAAUGGGAAUGAUAAUGGGGACGGAAAUGGUAAUGAUUUGGGAGGUGCUCCGAUGACCUUGGUUUCAUUUCUCAAGACGGCCUUCUACAAGAAAUAUUUUCCUGAAUCAGUCAGAGAGGCGAGGGAGUUGGAGCUUAUGCAGCUGAAGCAAGGCUCUUUGUCUGUGGUGGAUUACACUAGUCAGUUUGAGGAGCUUUGUAGGUUUUCUACGAUUCGGAACUUUUCUGAGCUUGUGAACAAGGUGAGGGUAGUUGAAGAGUGUGCAAAGAAAGUAGCAUCGUCAAGAGACAUUCAUGGAGGAAACAUUAACCGUGGACGUGGUUGCUUCAAUUGCGGAUUGCCUGGUCACAUGGAAAGAGAUUGUACUCAUGGAAUGAACCCGAAUGCGGGUCGGAAUCAACAACAAGGGAGAGUAUUUACUGUGAACGCCAAUGAUGCUGCUAAGGCAGAUCCUCUGAUGAGAGGUAACUGUUUAAUUGGUGAUAAAAUAUUGGUUGCACUGUAUGAUACUGGAGCUUCACAUUCAAUUAUUUCAUUUGAUAAGGUUGAGGAACUAGGAUUGAAAGUGUCAGAGUUAUCAUUUGACUUGCAUGUGCAUACCCCGUCUCAGACGAUGAUUUUGGAGUUUGAUUGGAUGUCCAAGAAUCGGGUUUUGUUAGAUUGCUUUGAACGAUCUAUUCGGUUUAUACCGAAAGGAGAAAGAAGAGCUGUGGUAGCUGAAGGAGCUGGACCAGUGUCAAUUGCACCAUAUCGGAUGGCUCUGAUAGAGCUGGUUGAAUUAAAGACUCAAUUGGAAGAGCUUCUGAACAACAGGUUCAUUCGACUGAGUGUAUCUCCAUGGGGAGCACAACUUUCAUUGAUAAGGGUGAAGGAGGAUGACAUUUCGAAAAUUGCAUUUAGAACGCGCUAUGAACACUACGAGUUUGUAGUGAUGUCUUUUGGGUUGACGAAUGCACCUGCUAUGUUCAUGGAUUACAUGAACAGCGAGCGAAAAUUGUAUGCCGAGUUGUCGAAGUGUGAGUUUUGGAAAGAAGAAGUGAUGUUCUUAGGUCACAUGGUGAGUAAGGACGGAAUAGUGGUGGGCCCUUCGAAAGUGGAGGCUGUGAUGGAAUGGGAGAAACCGACUACGGUGAUUGAGGUUAGGAGUUUCUUGGGUUUUCCCGGUGAUGCAUGA